AUGAGUGGCGUCUCGAGGCGGCGUUUCGCGGCGGCUACGGCCGCGAUAUCGGUUUCUGUUGUGACGCUCCUGUUUCUGCUCACCGUCGGUUUUUAUGGGCAGCGAGUAGAUGCUGAAAGGGAGAUCGGACUCGGAUCCGAGCAACACGGCUCCGGCUCCGGCUCCAACCGCAAGCUCCUCCAAGUCGACGAAGGUACAUCGUCGUCGUCGUCGUCGACUGACCGGGUGGGCGACGGGUGCAGCAAGGACGACAUCGUGGUGCACCAGGGGGCGACGCCGCCGCUGCCCAGCGGGAUCCCGACGUACACCGUGGUGGUGCUGAACCUGUGCCCCUCGCGUGGCGGCUGCGCCAUGGCCCACAUCCACCUCACCUGCGGCGCCUUCAGCUCCGCUCGUCUCGUCAACCCCCGCAUCUUCCGCCGCCUCCGCGUCAACGACUGCCUCCUCAACGAUGGCCGCCCCCUUCCCUCGGGUUCCUCCAUCUCGUUUCAGUACGCCAACUCCUUCUCCUACCCCCUCGCCGUCUCCAACGCCUCCUGCAUCCGCUCCUCCUAAACCAGCCUGCAGCCAAUCUCCCAAAAGAAAGAAAAAAAGAAGAGCUUUUUGUUGCUUUUGAUUCCUCCUUUUCUCCGCCUAACCUUUUUAGCUGCCGCUGAUGCUGACCAUCUUCUGCUUUGUCUCCAACUUUAUUGUCUCCGCUCGUUUUCUGGCAGCAGACUCGGUGUAGGUUGUCAGAGAGAGUUGCGAGAGAAGGUAGACUCCGAUGCCUCUUUUGGGCUUCGUUAUGGAGACGGGGGGAAGUGUAGUUAAUGCGAGUACAAGUUAAACUGGACGUGGGGUGGUGGUGAGCAGGGGCUCACGUGCAUCUUUUGUGUCCAUAAAAGAACGCAUAUCUGGCUAAUUUUGGGUUUA